AGUUUUGAGUGUGCACGACGGUAUAAUUCAACGGUUACGCUACGGUCCCGCUGUGAUUCAUAAAUGUAAUGUAAGACCGUCAAAUGGACAAUUUAAAUUGAAUUUUGAAUUUUCUGUUGCAUUCGGUUGUAAAUAUACGCCGAUAAGGCCGUCAAAUGAAAGUGCAAAUAGCAGUGAAAUCGCGACGCGCAUCUCACCGCAGUGACUAACAGCUUCUCGACCGUUUCAUUCGCCCGCGACGCCCUUUGAGUUCAACGCAUUCACAUUUCCGAGCGCAGAAUAUCUUUUUGUUUUGCCCGCAGUCACCAAGUACUGUAAUCAAAACACGGACAAAUAUCAACAUUUAAUCUCCUUACGGCUCAGAAAACCCAAUAAGGAUCAAAAAUGGAUACCAGUGGCGGAAAUUUGGAUUCCCUAGACGAAACGGAACCAUUGCCCGAGUUGAGUUUUGAAGACCUUUUGGAGACAGCGUCGGAGAAGAGCUCUCAACACAUGGAAAUCGAUACAUUGGACUCGGAUGAGGACCAUGUCGAGGGGGAUGUUCUGUCCGAACCUGCCAACGAUUCCCUGAACACACCUCAGUUCAAAAAAAAUGUUGUGCACAUACUGGAUGACAAGCGGUUGCCCCCGUCAGGAGUAACCGUUUUGAAGUCACACGCUAUUAAAGUGGUCACUGCUGGAGGACCAUCGCCGAACAAGCCACAAAUUACGGACGUCAAAAUCCUUAACAAACUGAAACCGAUACCCAGCAAUACCGUUAAGAUCGGCAAUACCACUAUCGCCACAGCUUCCGCACCGGGCACAGUUACCAAGACACUAAGCAGCUUGACCCAGUUCAAGACGAAAGAUGGCCAGGUAAUCUUCGUCCAGAAGUCUGUACCUGCGACACAGAGCAGUACAAUGGUGACUGGGUCACCAAGCGGGGGAAUGCGUCGACUCGUUGCUCCUACGGGCAUCCAUAAGGCGGUCCUCUCAAAGGGGGUUACGUUAGCGAGCACAGGUCUGGUUAAAGCGGCUGUGCCGGGCAAAACAGUCACCCCCGCCUCCACCACGGCCAUCACCAUCAAGGGCAUCCAACCGCUGGCCGGAGUCAGUGCAAAGUCGGUGUCUCCCAGCACAUCAUCCACCACAUCCUUGGCACAGCCUACCAAAAUUCAAGUGGUACGUACUACCGAUGGCAAGAUCAUCAAGAUCAAUCAGGCUGUACCGUCGGUGCUACUGAAUGCCAAACCACCAGGAACUGGAUCAGCAGUCACCCCAGGAACUUCUGCCACCACUACUGUCAAAUUAUCGCCUUCCACUGGAACUGUACUACUCAACAAACCCGUUGGACAAUCAGUCAAGACAGAAGAUCCUGGAAAACAAUCUUCAAUAUCGACGGGCUCCACUUCCAGGACAACCACAACACCUGGUAAGAUGUUAGUUCAGAGCGGUAGUAAACAGAUCCUUGUGUCCAGCAAAAAUAUCAUCAAGUUGUCACCAACCGCGGGGGCCACCAGCACCAUCACCAACACGGCUGGCGUGCAGACAUCUUCCACGAGCGGGUUGCACGCAAUUCAGCUUCCUGGCAAAGGAGGAGUGCAAUAUGUACGCGUUUUAACAAACAAUAAGAGUGGAUCCGGUACGAGUACAACUGGCACCACGCCAAAGACUAUGCAAGCCCAGAAGAUCACUGUGGUGCGGUCUCCAGCUGCCGUGGCUGCUGCUAGUUGUACACCUGCCACAUCUACUCCAAUAUCAGCUGCAGUAGCUCCAUCGACAGCAGCGCCAAAAACAAAUCUUUCCAUAGGCAGCACCAACAAGAUUGUCAUGAGAACAAUGGGUGGCAGCAUUGUGCCGCUGCCUUCGGUGCAGACGUUGGUCCACAAGCGUGCGCUGGGCGCCAGCACCAACGCCUCUAAGCCAGUCAGUGCCGCUAACAGCAGCACCAGCGGCAGUCCUAGUGUCAUGCAAGAGUCGCCUCGCAAGCAUCGGCUUACUGAUCUCAACAUGCAGUUAAAGCACCUGGCUUCGGCCAGCAGCGAUGCGAGCGAUAGUAGCGAUGCGGGUCCAGAGGCUAAGAAGCCGCGAUACGUAAUCACCAUGCAAGGAGCGCAACAGGCUUCGCAGUCAGCACAAAAGCUCAGUGGUCGGCCAUCGAACGUGCAGCGUGUAGUGACUAGCAACACUAGUCCCAAUGCCCCAAAAAAAAUUUACAACUUUGUAAAAUCGACGGGGGCUAAUGGCGUUAAGUACAUGAUUUGUAACUCUGGAGUGCCCCAAUCAUCGACCAGUGCCAUGAGACGAGGAUAUACUGGCUAUGUAGAUAACAAGCUGCGGCGUACGCUCGCAGUUUCAUCGCAGCAGCAUCGCUUCAAGCAGAUGAAUCCCCAGCAGCAAACAAAACACCUGCAACUUCAGGCGCAGGCCAAACAAAGGAUCAGGCAGCAGCAGCAGCUGACUCAACAAUCAGCGCCGAUUAAGGUGGAUCCAAAGCUGCCAACACAGCCUCCAAUCCAAAAGCCCAGCGUUCCAGCCAAACCGCUCUUUGACAUACUGAAACCCCCAUCGACAGGGGCUGCGGUCGAUGCGCUGGGCGGUAUGACUUCACGACGGAAACAUUGCAAUUGUAGCAAGUCGCAGUGUUUGAAGCUCUAUUGCGAUUGUUUUGCCAAUGGAGAGUUUUGCCAGGAUUGCACCUGCAAAGAUUGCUUUAACAAUCUGGACUACGAGGUGGAGCGUGAGCGUGCCAUUCGUAGUUGCCUCGAUCGCAAUCCAAGCGCCUUCAAGCCCAAAAUUACUGCGCCUAAUUCAGGUGACAUGCGGCUUCAUAACAAAGGUUGCAACUGCAAAAGAUCGGGUUGUCUCAAAAACUAUUGUGAAUGUUACGAGGCAAAAAUUCCCUGUACUAGUAUAUGUAAAUGCGUGGGUUGUCGAAACAUGGAAGAUCGUCCGGAUGUGGAUAUGGAUUCAUUGGAUGGUUUGGUGGGAACAAAAGGUCAAAAAAAGGACAAGGCGAACGACAAGGACUCGCAUGAAAAUCGCGCGAAUAUGUAUUUUACGGACGAUGUAAUUGAGGCGACCAUUAUGUGCAUGAUAUCGCGGAUCGUUAUGCAUGAGAAACAAAAUAUGCCCGUCGAGGACACGGAGCGCGAAGUGAUGGAGGAAUUGGGAGAAAGCCUUAACCAGAUCAUCACUUUUGCCAAGGAAAAGCAUGACAAUUCCCAUUUAGAUGAAUCCAAGGCAACGUUAUAGUCACACAAGAAAUAAUUUUUAAGUUUAAAGCGAUCUUGACUAAUCCCUAUACACUAUUCUAUUUUUGGCUUUCUAAAAGUUGACCUUAAAGUAAAGUGUACCAUUUUAAUAUAAUUUAAACACAAAAUGUAUAUACCAUACAUAGCAAAUUUCAGAUAUAAGUGGUUUUUAUUUGAAGCGUCUUUAAAGAGCGCGAAGUAAUAUCAAUUGAUUGUGUAUAAACUAUUCCUUGAAUUGGAUGUAAAUAAUAUAUAGACUCAAUAAAGUUUAAUGACCUUUAAACCCUAA